UUGUGACAAACCAGAAGUGUCAACCGCUGGCUGCAGCUCCUGGGGACACGGGUGUUUUUUGUUGCAGUACCCGGAGAAAACAAACACCAAACGACACGGACAUGUGACACCGUAAAGACCGUCACACUCCGCCGGCGAAGGAUACGACGGUGACCACGAUGCGGGGAAGAACGACCGCUUUCAGGCAGCUUUCGUUCGCGGCCCUAGCCACCGAGCUAAGCUAACUCACCCGGAAGCUGGUUAUCAAAGCUUGUUCUUGUGGCUUUACGCCCGAGGGAACAUGAUUUGAGAGUUUGUUGAAUUCAAUGUGACGUGUAUGGACUUUGAUCCUGAGCAGCGUGGGUACAGUGUUGACUCGCGGACCUGGGUUUCUCUGACCUGAAAAUAAAAUGUGGCUCCAGCAGAGACUGAAGGGGCUGCCGGGCUUGUUGUCGAGCAGCUGGGCGAGAAGGCUCACCAUAGGUAUGCUGCUCUUCCUCAUCUUCUACUGGUACCUGGGGGCGGAGCGCAGGUGGACGCUCUUCAGCAACUCGGCCAUGGCCGGCGGGGCAGCGGGACAGUGUCUGCAGGCUGAAAUCCACAGGUGGAAGUCCCUGGUGGAGCGAGGAGAGGGGAUCUACAGGACACCUCAGGAACAGCUAGUCACACCUUUUGUAUCAGGUAAUGGUCACAUUCUGCUUGACAUUGACUCUAACAAACUGUGGGUGGCCUCGUCUUCGCAGCCUGGCAUGGCCCCGGUCCACCAGACUGAGUUUUCCCCAAGAGUCGGUGUGCAUCCGGAGGGGAAUCGAGCCGAGGCCCAGGCCAGCAUCCUGUUGUUCAGGAAAGGAUCGGUGCUGUCAGUCCGCUGUGUACUGCAGUCAGCCCAGGACUGUGUCACCAUCAGAGAGGAGUUCAUGGCACACAGGAGCAGACCCAACGUCUACCUGCAGCGAAUCCACAUCAACAACCCGUCUGACAGAGUCGCCUCGCUGGACGUUUCUUCUGACAAUCCCUCCUUCGGUAGCAAGUUCUCCACCACUGUGGAGAAACUGGAGGACACAGACAUACUGCUGUCCGCCGGCAGAGUGCCUGUGGAGAGUAAUCGCAUAGUGCUGGUGGUGGUGGUCACCAAAAAGGUGAGCAGCAGGAUUCAGGUCAGUGCUAAGUCAGAGUACACAGACAACAUCCUGUCAGUGGUGUGGACCUCACAGCCCAUCGAUUCCUCCAAGCUGGAGGAGACCUUCAGUUCCCUCAGAGAAGGAGCCAAAAAGGAAAUGGGGGAGCUGCUAGGCACCAGUGUGGAUGAUCUGGUGGCAGAUCACCAGCAGGCCUGGAUGGAUCUCUUUAUUUCAGGUGUUGAAAUGAGGAAGAUCACAGACUCCCACACACCAUCGAGCCGCACAGUCAACACCACCCUCUACUACAUCCUCUCCUCCUCCACUGCUCCCCUUCUGGACCACAGGCUGGUCAGCGAGGAGCGCGCACGCCUCGAGUCCAGCCUCAACUACGCUGACCACUGCUUCAGCGGCCACGCCACCAUGCACGCAGAGAACCUGUGGCCCGAGCGCGUGAGCAGCACCGCGCAGAUCCUGCAGCUCGUCACGCUGUGGACCCUGACUCUGCAGAAGAGAGGCUGCAAGGUGCUGGUGGCGGCAGGGGCCCACGGAGCCAUGCAGGGCAUGGUGCUCAGCUUUGGCGGCCUCCAGUUCACGGAAAACCACCUUCAGUUCCAGGCUGACCCGGACGUGCUGCACAACAGCUAUGCCCUGAGAGGGAUCCACUACAACCAGGACCUCAUCAACCUGGCCGUGCUGCUGGACAUGGACGGGAAGCCGUUUCUUCACGUGUCGGUGAAGCAGCAGGAGCAGCCAGUGAAGCUGUACGCCUGCGAGGCCGGCUGCCUCAACGAGCCCGUGGAGCUGACAUCCGAGAUCAAAGGUCAUACCUUCCCUGUGAUGGUGACUCAGCCGAUCACCCCGCUGCUCUAUAUCUCCACAGACCUGCGUCACCUGCAGGACCUGCGCCACACGCUGCACCUUAAGGCCAUCCUGGCCCACGAGGAGCACAUGGCGAACAGAUACCCAGGCCUGCCCUUCCUCUUCUGGUUCAGCGUGGCCUCGCUUAUAACGCUCUUCCACCUUUUCCUCUUCAAGGUCAUAUACAACGAGUACUGUGGCCCCGGCGCCAAGCCCCUCUUCAGGAGCAAGCAGGUUGCCAGCAAAAGUGAGGAUGCCUGCUGCGACACCAGUGACACUGCUUGCACACAGUCAACGUGCAGCGGUGGUUCUGCUUGAGCUUUUGGCAGCUUGAUGGCAGAUGGUAGCAUGGGUGUGCUGGUGUUCAGUGAGAGGUCACAGUCAGGCGUUGUUGUCGGCUGUCGACAUGUCACAGCUUUUAAUAAUGAGUGACAUCUGCUGGUGAGAAGCAGCACGGGGCAGGAGGUUAUCGCUGCCCGCCGACAGCCCAGACUGUAAGUACUUAAAGCUCCAGUGCAUAACUUCUUAAUCACACGCCACUCAGGCACAGCUGUCUCACUUUACUCACGCUAUAUUGCUCUUGUGAUUCUGCCGCCUUGCUUCCGUCAGUCGCAAGGGAAAAACAGACCACUUCCUGUGUGCAGUGCUUGGGAUUUUUAUACUCUACAUCUUAUUGGGAAACACCGAGCUGUGUGAAGGUGACAUUAUGUGGCUGGAAUGUAUAUUUAAAAGUUUUUGCACUACAGCUACUUUAUGUUUUUGUUCCUCGGGGUCUUAUGUGAUUCUAGGUUUAAAAAGACACGUGUCCACACUUGAGCUGGGGACACACGACUACACAGUCGUCACUGUAGACAGUGGUUUCCUCGGACGACUUAAAGACUGAAAGACAUCAAUUUUAGGAAAAUUAUCCUCAAAAAUUGGGUCAGUGGAGGUACUCAGCUCACAGCACAACCAAUUUUUCUCUGCUGGACUUGAAGCUGCAGUCGGCAGGAUCACAAGAGAUAUAGUUGCUUUUUUGGGUCUCAUAUUUUGGAACGGAGGCUUUGUGAAACUGAGCUGCACUGUGAUUAAUCAAACUACCGUCAACAGGACAGACUUCUUCCAAGGGUGUAAACAGGAGGAGAUGAGAUCACUUGAAUGAACAUAAUGCUGAAAGCUUAUUUUGAAAUGAUCGAUAAAUACCGCAAAAAAACAAACACGCUGAAUCUGUUCAAAUACUUACUUUAAAACUAAGCGCACUGAGUUUGAAAUUACAUUUCACAUUUAAGAAACUGUAAUGCUUCAUAAAAAUAAGGAAAAAGGAAUUUUUUUAUUUAUUAGAAUGGCUGCACAGAGGAGGUUUAUUAUACUGAGUUAAAGCUGCUGUUAGUGACGUCGUCUGUUGGCGAACUCCCCACCCUCCCUCAUUCCGUUAUCUCAUGAACACAUUUGAAAAGGGGAGGGGCCUUUUAUUUACUGACUGACAGCAGAGACGACCGCCUCUCUGUGGAGUCCUGGCUCCUGAUUGGAUAAAGUGUUGUGUCCUAUAUUGACUGUCGGACUCCUUAAUUUCUCUGAACAAACACUCCAGCCCAUUGACAGCUGUUACUGUCACUCACUGACUGCAGCUUUAAUUCACCCAGAGAGGUUUUACUACUCAAACUGUACACUGAAAGUAAAUCAUUCAACAUAACCAUGUCACUUUGACACAUGGUGGUGGACGCAGACAUUUCAUCCAAGUUCACUCAUUCACCGGCUGUUAGAAUGAACUCUGACAGAGUAAGUACUCUGACAAUGGAGCUUCCUAGAGUAGAAUAAGGUGGAAAUCAUUCAUGUUUUUUGUUUUUUUCCUCCUCUUUGUGACUCAAUCCAAUCUCUAAUAACGUUAUGUGAACUACUGAGUCUGCCUUAAUGAAGAAAUGAAGAAGAUAAUUUAUUGAGCUUAAACGGCCGUGAGCUGUUAUCAGAUUGUACUUGAACGGCUCGGUGUGCACGCGCGUGUGU